UCCUGACCUAACACUGCAGCUACCCAUGGCGAAGAUGCGCCGGUGUCACUGUUUAUAUAAAGCUAGCAUAGUCCAAGGAAACGCGUGCGCACUGCUCCAUCUGAUCACCAGCGCUGUAGUAGCUCUGCGGCAGAAACGGCAACAAUCCAUGAUCGUCCGUCGUCGGCAGGCAAGCUGCCACGGUCGAAGGAUAGGAAUGACGUGGCGCGGCCGCUGGGGGCUGCGACUGCGAGUGCGCCAUGGCGGCGUCCGGCUGGGCCUGCUGCUCCGGGUACGCGUGCGCUUGUCCGGCAUCGUCGGGCUGCUCCUCCGGAGCGUGGAGGACCUCAGGUGCCGGUGCCGCCCCGCCGCCGGAGGCAGGCGGGCCUGCGGGUGGUCGGCGCCGAGAGCGUCAGGGCCUGGGCCGUGUCGCCACGCCCGACUCCCCGAGAGGGACCAGACCUCCUACGCGGAGGCCAUCGCCGACUGCCUCGAGUUCAUCAAGAGCAGGUCGUCGCCUACCGUCCUGUGAAUGAUAUGGUAGGGUUUAGUCUUCAGUGUUUCCAUCGCCGCCCUAUGUAUCUUUCCGUCACUUCUUUUGUUUUUUUUUCUGUUUGGCAUAGCCUUACUAAUCAGUGUGAUAGUUGUACCUAGAUUUCUAUGAUUGAUAUGAAGUAACAAUCAGUUCAUAUGCCAGCCAACAGCCAAUGAAGUUUAGGCUGUGUGAUUGCUCCUUAA